AUGAAGGUGCUUCUCAAACUCUCGCUUGCCGCCUUGUUGGUCUCGUCCACCUUUGGCUUGACCCUCCAGGAGUUUGUCCGUGACCCCCAGGUCAAGACUCUGGCCUUCAAUCUCCUCCAGGAAAUCGACACCAUGGGCGUCGAGUCCUUCACCGUCACUCAGGACCCAUCCUUGAUCCCCGACUUGCAGCUUCCCGUCCUUAACGACAUUGUCCAGUUCGUCUCCCUCAACAUUUUCCACGCUGAUGAUGCUGACUGGUCCAGACUCGAGGCCGCCAAGCUCCAAGCUAUCGAACAACACGGCGCCACAGCCCUCAACGCCGCGUCAGACCUCAAGGACAUCGACAUGCGUCGCGCCGCCUUGAUUGUCAACUCCAUCUACGAUACCGUCAUCGGUCUGCCUGCACCCUCCAAGGAGACUUAUGCUGCCAGAGUCGAGGCGGAUAAGAAUGACAAGAAAGUCCAGCCCGAGAGCGACGCUGAGGAGGGAAAGAAGACGGCAGGGGCGGACAAGAAGGAAGCAGAGGCAAAGGAGCAGGCAGAAGCAGAGAAGACGGCAUCGUCUCCACCCUCACCGCUCUGGGAGUACCUUGGCCUUGGACUGAUCAAGUCCUCUGAGACCGUCAAGAUGGCCAAAGGCAUUGUUACCCCCCGUGCUGUCUGUGAGACCACCGAUACUGCCUACCUCAAGGGUGUCGAGGAUGUUGUUUACUACAGCAGUUUGACCCGUGGUCUUGCUGGUGGAGCUCUCGUCUCUGCCCCCGCCAACUCGCCCAUCCAGUCCCUGGACCUCAAGGCCAUUGUCGGUGCCGUCGGAAAGUUGGCUAUUGAGGUUCAGAUGGCCCAAAGCGUCGCCCGCUUGGCUGAUCUGAACCCCUCUGAUCUUCCGGUCCGUGCUUUGACCUACUUGGCAUUGACUGCAGACUCACCCACCUCACCCUCUGCCCAAAAUGCACGCGAUAUCCACAACCUCAUCGACCGUGGUUUAGCCAACGAGAUCCCCGAGUCUGUCCUGCGCACAUUGAUCAACCAGGCUGCGUUGGUCCUUGUCACUAAGGGUGCUGGCGAGGCUGGUGAGAGUCCCUCUGUCUUUGAGUCGAUCCCCGUCGUCCGCAAUAUCUUUUCCUUUAGCUCAGAUGUCCUCAGCGCCAACAACCUGGGUGAUGUUCUCAAGUACGUCUUCUGCCCCGAUUCCAACCAGGGAACCGAGCCCGCCGAAGCCGAGGUCGUCGUUGAGAACAUUAAGGAUGGAGCCGAGAAGGUAUCGGAGGGCGCACAGAAGGUUCUCAAGGUCCCUCAGGAUGCCGCCAAGAAGGCAACCGAGAAUGUCAAGGAGGGAGCCGAGGCUGUCCAGGACAAGGCCGCCGCUGCAGCCGAUGAUGCCUCCAAGAAAAUAAAGGGAGCCAAGGACGAUGGAUCGGCCAAGGUUUCCGAGGCUGCUGCCAAGGUCCAAGACAAGGUUGCUGAGGGUACCGAGAAGGCCAACGAGGCAGGCGAGAAGGUAGCACAGGAUGUCAAGGGCAAGGCUACCGCCGCCAAGAACGCUGUCGAGGAGGCCGCAGAGAAUGCUCAGAAGAAGGCCGGGGAUGUGAAGCAGAAGGUUGCUGAUGAGGCCAAGAACGCGGCGGAUAAGGCAGAGGAGAUCAAGCAGGAGCUGUAG